GCGCGCUAAAGUUGUCCACUUCAACUGCUCCCAACCCCUUAGCAGACUUUGUCAUCCAAAACUAUCAGACCUUUUAGGAAAACACUGCAAAGAAUUAAGUAACCUUUGUUCACUCGAGAGCAUUUGGAGUACCCCCUCCUUGGCGCGCGCUGCAUCUUGUUCCUAGUUGUUUCGUGCAUGCCCCCCUUCGCACGAAAAGACAGAAGUAUUUAUAUUUUUUGUUUUCCCCCCAAUUUUUUAUGAGGUCUCACAUCUCCGCAAAGGUGUGGUUGGAUAAUUUUUUUAUGUUCCCCUUUUUAAUAAAGAAGGACUCCAGAACAAUUUUAGUCAAGGAAACAUUCACCAAGUCUGGACUUGCUUGAGCAGAUUAAACACCAGCAGUAUUGUGCCUCGUCAGAUAUUAAAAGUAGAAUGUCAUCUUUACCGGGAACAGUACCACGAAUGAUGCGACCGGCUCCUGGACAAAACUAUCACCGCACUGGAUUCCCCCUGGAAGUUUCAACUCCUCUGGGUCAAGGUCGGGUGAACCAACUUGGCGGAGUAUUCAUCAAUGGCAGACCUUUGCCAAAUCAUAUCCGCCACAAAAUAGUUGAGAUGGCUCACCACGGCAUCCGUCCCUGCGUGAUCUCCCGACAACUUCGCGUUUCCCACGGUUGUGUGUCCAAAAUCCUUUGCCGGUAUCAAGAAACUGGCUCGAUCCGUCCUGGAGCAAUAGGAGGAAGUAAACCUAGACAGGUGGCAACACCCGACGUGGAAAAGCGAAUAGAGGAAUAUAAGCGCGAAAAUCCUGGUAUGUUCAGUUGGGAGAUUCGGGACAAACUUUUGAAGGACGGUGUGUGUGACAGAAGUACAGUUCCCUCAGGUGAGGCCUCAACUGUAAGUUCUAUUAGUCGGGUUCUCCGCGCGCGGUUUGGCAAGAAAGACGACGAGGACGAUUGCGACAAAAAAGAUGACAGUGGGGAGAAAAAAACUAAACACAGCAUUGACGGCAUACUGGGAGACAAAGGUCGAAUUGAUGAUGGCUCCGAUGUGGAGUCUGAACCGGACCUGCCCCUGAAGAGAAAGCAGAGGCGCAGUCGGACCACCUUCACAGCCGAACAGCUAGAUGAGCUGGAGAAGGCCUUCGAGAGGACACACUACCCAGAUAUCUACACCAGAGAGGAGCUGGCCCAGAGAACUAAGCUUACUGAGGCCAGAGUACAGGUAUGGUUCAGCAAUCGACGAGCCAGAUGGCGUAAACAAGCUGGAGCCAAUCAACUGGCUGCCUUUAACCACCUGUUACCUGGCGGGUUCGCACCCACAGGGAUGCCCACUCUAUCAACAUAUCAGCUUCCUGAAUCCCCCUACCAAUCAGCAACAUUACAACAAGAUGGCUGUGGCACAUUGCACCGGCCACAGCCCUUGCCCCCUUCUACAAUGCAUCAGGGCGGGCUCUCCAGUGACAGCAGCUCUGCCUAUGGCCUCUCUUCCAAUCGCCACAGUUUCACCAGCUACACUGACACCUUCAUGAGCCAAUCAGCAUCCAGCAAUCACAUGAAUCCCGUGAGCAAUGGGCUCUCUCCACAGGUGAUGAGCAUCCUUAGCAACCCAAGUGCUGUGGCCUCUCAACCCCAGCAUGAGUUCUCCAUUUCCCCCCUGCACAGCAGCUUGGAGGUCUCCAACCCCAUCUCAGCCAGCUGCAGCCAGCGCUCAGAGCCUAUUAAGACUGCCGACAGCCUCCCCUCCUCCCAGUCCUACUGCCACCCUACGUACAGCACCACCAGCUACAGUGUGGACCCUGUCACUGCAGGAUACCAAUACAGUCAAUACGGCCAGACUGCGGUGGAUUACCUGGCCAAGAAUGUGAGCUUGUCCACGCAGAGAAGGAUGAAGCUGGGAGAUCACUCUGCUGUGCUCGGACUGCUGCAGGUGGAGACGGGACAGGCCUAUUGAUGGAGCUCUAACUGAACAUCCACCCAUUUGUUUCACCAGCAUCCCUCCAUCUUUCUGCAGUGCCCGCAUAUGGCCGAUCUGACAGAGUGUACACGACCAAGAUAAAUCACAGUCAGUCUUAGACUUAUACAAAAGCCAUUCCACCAAAAUAUUGACAUUGUUGUGCCCCAUCUCCUUCCUCGUCCUUUCACUCUUUCACAACAAACAGACACUUUCAGGGCUUCAUAAAGCCAGGGAACAGGAGCAUCGAUUGUCUGAGCACAAAUCACGAAAGGACUGCCCAACAGCAUCCAAUGAUACCACACAUAGGCAACAUUUGUAGCCACUUGACCAUUCCAAACUAUUUGGACCAUGUUGUUUAUAGGACUGAAAAUGAUGCUAUUAUAAUUAUAUAUGUUAUUAUAAAUGUGGUUGUUCCUAUUGCUGUUGCAUUUACUAUUGUAAUAUCUCUGUUUACAUGUUGCAUUUUUAUUUUUUCUCAUGUUUAGUUUAUUAUCUUAACCACAAGGCCUUGCUUUGCAACAUUUUUGAUGGAGAUACAGUACAUGGAAAGACACUGAUAGCUUUGCAGGCUCUUUGCAUAGCUGCAGUACAUGUGAUUUUCUCAUUUUAGAAGCUUGACAUUCCAAAAGAUCUGGGCUAGUCAGUGGGGCUUCUGGGUUGGUGGAAUCUUAUGAGAAUGACUAUCCUCACUUUUAUCUGAUAUGUAAGCCACUCUAAAUAAUUUUGGCAAUUUAGAAUAACAUGUUAUAGAUGAGUCAGGGCAACAGCCCACGAACUGCCAUAAGCAUUCAGGGGUAUUAUUUAUGAUAAUUUUGUCUUAAAAAAAACAUACGUUAUUCUAGUAUGAUGACCAAAUCUAAAAAAUAUGUCAUGUCUAUUCUAGUAUGAAUGCACACAGACUAAUUGUCCUCUGUGUCACUAUAAUUACCAUUAAUCUCUCUAAUUAAAUUAAAUUGUCAAGAGCCCUUAAGGGCAGCCAUUUCAACAUUUUAUGGAAUUCUACGGCUUUUUAUAUACUUUCCAUUAUGCUUCUCGGCUAUUCAUGUCAAGUGUUGUCAAAGUAUUGAAAUGCAAUGACAUCAAAAAACAACCAUGAAAAGCAAUCUGCAAACACACAUUUCAGCUUAUAGAGAUGAUGUUCUUAAACGGUAGCACUUCUUAUUGAUGGGGAUCUUUAUUUGUCUCUGUGGUCAAUGUAAAAUAAAGUGAACUGAACUUUAGAAUGGGGAUCAAAUGUUUUUAGGACAUACAGUUCAUAGAGAGAAAUGAAAUCAUGGGACUUUUCGAAGUCUUAAUGUAUUUCCUAUUGUUACAUUUAAAUUAAUUAUGUUUUGAGGUAAAGCAGCACCGCCAUUUUUGUCACCCUUUACAUAUGACAAAUUUCAGACCUUAAAAAUGAACAGGAAUUCCAAGAUUUAUAAUUGAGAGAUAUAUGACCACAUUUAUAGCUUUUUGUGUUUACAUUUUCUUUGCAACCAUGGCUACUUUUCCCAAAUUAUCUCAGCUGAGUUCUUAACCUAAGAGGUGAUGAUUGACAAUUUAUGUGACAAGGAUGAACUGUCACUGGAUGUGCCCUAAGAUGCCAUAUAUUCAGGACAGUUACUGAAAAAAACACAACAACAAAAAACACAUGACCAUGUGCCAACUUAAAACUGAUGACAUAAUCCAUUUUAACACUUAAAACAUUUUGUAGUAAAAAAAAAAAGACAAAAAAGAAAAGUGAAAAAAUGUAUUUCUAAUACAAGCAUUAAUUUGCCUUUGGGAUAUUUAAAGCACUCGACGAAACACCUUUUCCAAGUAUCUUUCCAACCUCAGUCGCUCUUUAUUCUUUCAUUGUUUACCUUUUUUUUGCAUAUAUGUAAUUUCUUUUUAUAUAUUUCCGUUCAGCAUGUGUGUAUAUUAUCAAGGCAUAAUUUAUUCAGCUGUAUGAAAUACUAGCAUAGUGGGAACUUGUAUCGGCAUUUACUACCUUCAGCCUGUUGGUGUCUUUACUGUAGCACUGGCAUAUCUGUUAUGGAUUAAAGCUUAAAAACU